UUGCUUUCCUGUCAAAGCCUCAAGGCCUGGUUAAUCCCAAGAAAAAAGGGAACGGGAAUAAAAAAAGAAAAGGCAAAGGCCUGGGGAAGAAGAGAGACCCGUGCCUGCGGAAGUACAAGGAUUUCUGUAUUCACGGCGAAUGCAAAUACAUCCAAGAGCUGGGAGCUCCCUCCUGCAUAUGCCAGCCAGGAUAUCAUGGAGAGAGAUGCCAUGGCCUCUCGCUGCCUGUGGAGCACCCCCCCAGCACGUACGACCACACCACAGCACUGGCUGUUGUUGCUGUCGUCCUGUCCUCCCUGUGUCUCAUCAUCAUAGCAGCCCUGCUGAUGCUCAGGUGUCACAAGAGGGGUGUCUAUGAUAUAGAAAACGAAGAGAAAAUCAAGCUGGGCAUCACUGUGAAUCACUGAGGAUGCCAGGUGCUGGCAAGG